UAUCAUCCUAUGUUGCCAAGAAAUUUGUUGUUCUUUUUCAUAAGUGCUCUGGCUGCUCAUGCUUUUGGUUUAAUAAUUUAACUAGAAUUAGGCAAAGAAUGCCGGCAGCUCAACCAAGGUCUUUAGUUGUGUUCAAACACCCUAAAUUUUGUGGAAGAUAUACAUAUAUAUUCUUCAAUGCAUAGGAAAUGAUUGUUGAACAUUUUUUUGUUGGAAUUUACAGGCAUCUCAAUAUUUUCUUUACGAGGGCUACUAUUCCUUCCAACAUUUUGGCUUACCAUUUUCUUAACUAGAAAAUGACAUUCCCAAUCAAUGAAUUUUCCAUGGGAGAUUCUAUUUCAUUUUUAUUGUUGUUUUUUUUUUUUUUACAUGUAUUAAGCAUUGUUUGUGUAUCGCCUGUUUUAGCAUUUUACUAAAUUAACAUAAAGAUUGAUUUGUUAUUUUAUGAUGAUGCAGGAGAUGAAGCGACAAUGUGAUGAAAAAAGAAGUGUAUAUGAUUACAUGGUGAUGAGGCAGAGAGAAAAAGGGAGGUCAAAAAGUGGGAAAGGAGAAACUUUUUCUAUGCAACAGUUGCAAACAGCUCAUGAUGAGUAUGAUGAGGAGGCAACCUUAUUUGUUUUUCGUUUGAAGUCUCUGAAGCAAGGACAAUCCCGGAGUCUUCUUACACAAGCCGCUAGACACCAUGCUGCUCAGAUGUGUUUCUUCAAGAAGGCUCUUAAGUCUCUCGAGGCAAUAGAGCCACAUGUGAAAAUGGUUACAGAACAACAGCACAUUGAUUACCAGUUCAGUGGACUUGAAGAUGAUGAUGGGGAUGAUGGUGAUGAUGAUGAUGAAAGCUCUGAUACACAUGGUGACGGGGAAUUGAGUUUUGACUAUGGACAAAAUGACCAGGAGAAUGUUUCUACUUCGCGAAACUCAAUGGAGUUGGAUGAGGCAGACAUUACAUUUCCCCAAGUUGCUCCUGUGGAGACUGCAAUGGAAAAUCUGGAUAGAGGCUAUAGGAGAUCCAUUUCCUUUAGUAGGGAUGUUAGGCUAGGAAGCCAGUCAGCGCCAAUUUUUGCUGAAUUCAAAUCUGACCCUAUUGACAAGGUUAAGCAAAUGCAACCGUCAUCUUCACGGAAGUUCAACACAUAUGUACUACCAACACCAGUAGCUACAAAGGGUUCAACUUCUUCAGGACCAGGUAGUCCAGUUCCUCACCCAGUGAAGUCAAGUUUGAGUGGAUAUACUCAUAAUGUGUGGCAUUCAUCCCCCUUGGACCGAACAAAAUUUGAUAAAAGUUUGAGUGAUGAGAAAGUCUCCAGAUCUUUCGCACAGUCUGUCCUCAGAGAGAACAACAAUAAUACUGCAUCAACUCGACUACCUCCUCCUUUGGCAGAUGGGUUUUUAUUUUCGCGGUUUGAUCCUCCAGGUGCUUCUGAUUAUAAAAAAAUCAAAAGACAAUCUUUUUCUGGUCCAAUUACAAGUAUACCCUCAGCUAUGAAAACUGUCUCAAAGGAACAUCCCCAAAUGUUAUCUGGACCAAUUUUACGAAGUCCGAUAGCUCAACCACCAACCUCAUCCCCGAAAAUUUCUCCAAGUGCUUCCCCUACUUUUACGUCUUCACCCAAGAUAAGUGAGCUUCAUGAACUUCCAAGACCCCCUGCCAAUUCUAUUUCCAAGUCUUCAAGAUCUAUGGUGGUUGGUCAUUCAGCUCCCUUGAGGCCCAAAGUUCAAAUGCCUUACGCUACCAAUAGAUCAUCGGUGUCAAAUGCAGCGUCUCCACUGCCAACACCUCCUGAGGCAAUCACUCGUAGUUUUUCCAUACCCUCAAGGGAGCAUAAAAUGACUUCCUUAGAUGUUUCCAAGCCACACAAUUUAGGGAUGGUAUCGCCUCCUCUAUCACCAUUAACUUUAACUAACAAGAAGUCACCAUCAACUGGUUCAGAAACUGUUGCCCAGGUUGUUGAAAUUACAGGUGCGGAGUAAUUCUUUUGGUCGGUAGGAAUUUUUCCUGACUUGACAGAAACAUUUAUGGGGGUGAGAUUGUCUCACAAAAUUUCGUACAGGCAAAAAUGUGUAUAUAUCUUCUCGUCUAUUCUUUCGUUUCGGUCUCUACUUUGUCAUCCUUCUCCUUAUUUAUAUCUUGAACAGUGGGCAUAAGUUAAUUAAAUAAUUGCCCAUGUGUUCCAUUAUUCAAGGAGGAAUUUUGUAUCUUCACAUAGGAAUUAAUAGCAAAUUCCCUUUUUAUUAUUCCCAGCAAUUCCUUUUAAAUAUUUCUAAUUCUGUUGUAGCAGUGUAUUGCACCUUAAGAAAAUUCUAUUGACACGUUGUUCACAA